CAUGGUCGUGACGAUUUGGUCGGCGUGCGAAUGCCCCCAAAAUUUCCACCUUGGGACAAUUCAGCCUUCCGCUCUCUUCUUAAUACCAUCGACUCGUUGAACAGAGUUCCCCGCUUUGCGUUCGGCUUGCUCUUCGUUCCAUUUCCUUUUCCGUCAUUGCCCUCGAGCGCUUCCGCGCAUCGCCAACCGACCCAUCGCUCCGACCACGUUUGUAUUCCAUAUUCUCAAGCGACAGCAGGUUCGAACGCGUCACGACCGCAGCAACAAGAUGAGCACUUCAAUGCGCGAUCUAAUUGACGGGGAGGCCGAGUUGAACGAGGAGGAAGAGGAUGAGUCCUUCGACGAGGAGACCGGUGAGACUCAUGCCAGAGAGCGGGAGAAUAUCCUAGAUGAUUCCAGUGAGGAGGAGGAAGAUGACGAGGAUGAGGAAGAAGCUCGAAGGAUUCGAGAAGGCUUCAUCGUUGAUGAGGAUGAAGAAGAAGAAGAGGCAGACGACUCCGAGCGCGAGCGCCGGAAGAAGAAGAAACGCCGUCGGAUCGAGCGGGAGGAAGAAGAGCAGCUUGAUGAGGAAGACCUCGACCUCAUUGGUGAGGCUAAUCCAGAAUGGGAACGAAAAACCCAGACUCAGACGAAGUUCAAGCGUCUUAAGCGCGGCCAUCGCGAUGAAGAUCGUGGAAAUGAGCGUCCCGACCUGGCGGAGAUAUUCUCAGACGACGAGGAGGACAUGGCCGACGAGCGAGGCUACGGUCGUCCGAGCCACCGCGCACACGUAGAUGAGUUCGAUGAUUUCAUCGAGGAUGAUUACCCGGAGGACGACGAGGAGCGCAUCCAGCGCCAGGAGGACUUGGAGGUGGCUCGCCCCAGAGAUAAGGGACUCGCGGUCGAUACGACUGGGCUCGACAAGGACGCCCUCGACGACAUGGAGGCUAUCUUCGGCAAUGGCGACGACUAUGCCUGGGCCUUGGAACUUGAAGAGGAAGAAGAAGAUCGGGAGCGUGAGGAGCAGACAAUUGAGCUGAAGGACGUGUUUGAGCCCUCUCAGCUCAAGGAGAAGCUUCUCACCGACGAGGACAACCAGAUUCGCGUCGUCGACGAGCCCGAGCGGUUCCAGCUCGACCGCAAACCGUUCAAGGAGCAGCAGACGUCAGCCGAGUACUUCAAGGAGGAGGCACGUUGGAUAACGAAUCUCAUGUGGCCCAAGAAGCAGCUGCCCGCCGACCUUCAUGGGCCAUUCAACAAAGCAAUCGGCAAGGUCCUCGAGUUCUUCAUCAUCGACGGCGUCGAAGUUCCCUAUGUCUUCCAACACCGGAGAGACUACCUCAUUCAUGCGAAGAAAAUCAGGAACCCGGAUGCCCGCGAUAACCCAGACGCGCCUGAAUACACUGUCGAUGCCGAGAAAUUAUUGACUCAAGAUGAUUUGUGGCGUAUCCUAGAACUCGACAUCAAGUUCCGGUCUUUGGUCGAGAAGAGGAACGCGCUCGAGAGGUCCGUCGAGAGUCUGAAGGAAGUGGGCGUCCAAGACAACAUGCUCGAGGAGAUGAUACGUCAGGCUGCGACGCUGGAAGAGCUUCAAGACCUACAGGAUUACCUCAACUUCCAGUAUUCGGCGCAGCUCAAGGACAUUGCCGCGAUGGGCAACGGUGUCUCCAAAGAGGUGAAGCGACCCGGUGCCAAGACUGCUCUUUUUGAGCGCAUUCGGAGGUCCCAAGCGUACAAGUUCGUUCUGGCGCUCGGUAUCACGCCCGAUCGGCUUGCCCAAAAUGCUCUUCGUGAAGGCAAGAAGGAGUCAUCAGAAGACGACCCGAGGCCGCCGACUGAACUAGCUGAUCAGUUGGUCGACGAUGAUUUCCCCACUGGUGAUCAAGUAAUAAAUGCUGCUCGCCAGAUGUAUGCGGAGGAGCUAUUCGUCAGCCCACGGAUGCGCAAGCACUUCCGCAUUCAGUACUAUUCGAUGGGCAUCGUAAGCUGCCGCCGGACGGAGAAGGGCCUUCGAAAGAUUGACGAAGCCCAUCCUUACUACGAGAUCAAGUAUCUCAUCAAUCACACCAUCAGGGACCUGGCGGUCCGACCAGAAAUCUUUCUCAAGAUGAUGAAAGCUGAGGAUGAGGGCCUUGUGGAGGUCCACCUCACCCUUGAGAACGAGCGCGAAUUCCGGCGACAGCUCUACAACGAGUUUGCGUCAGAUAACUUCAGUGACCUGGCUGAUGCGUGGAACUCGGAGCGGCAGAAGGUCUUGGAUAUUGCCUUUUCGAAACUUGAGAAGGUCAUUGCGAAGGGAGUGAAGGACUCCCUUCGGACUGCCUGUCAGGACGAGCUGCUGAAGACUUGCCGGGAAGAGUACUUCAAGCGGCUCGACCAGGCGCCUCUGAAGCCCAAGGGCAUGGUCCUCGGUACCACACCACGUGUGCUCACGAUGUCGAAUGGAAUGGGCGAUCCCAACCGCGACCCCAUCUCAUGGACAUGGGUCGAGGAGGAUGGCAGGGUCCUCGAGCACGGGAAGUUCGCCAAUCUGGCGAGGGAUGAGAGCCAAAGAGAGCUCUUCGCCGAGCUGGUACGGCGAAGAAAUCCCGAUGUCAUUGGCAUCUCCGGAUUCUCGGCGGAUAGCCACCGACUGGUCAAAGACGUGGAGGGUAUCAUUAGUGAGAAGGGCCUCAUGGGACCCGAGUACGACGAUCCGGAAACCAACGAGUACCGCAGCGAUCUUCUCGAGGUUGUCAUCGUCAAUGACGAGGUGGCGCGCUUGUACAAGGACAGCCCCCGCGCCGCUACCGAACACCCGACGCUGAGUCCACUCACGCGCUAUUGCAUCGCGCUUGCCCGGUAUAUGCAGAACCCAAUGAAGGAAUACGCAGCACUGGGCAAGGACGUCACGUCGUUGCUGAUCCACCCAUACCAGCAGUAUCUCCCUCAAGAUAAGCUGUACAAGCAUCUUGAGACAGCCAUGGUGGACAUCGUCAACCUUUGUGGUGUGGACAUCAACGAGGCCAUGGGGGACCCCUACACAGCCAAUCUCCUACCUUAUGUUGCCGGCCUCGGCCCGCGUAAAGCGCAACUUCUUAUUAAGGGCAUCAAUGCGAACGGCGGUGUUGUCACCUCGCGCGAUGAAUUGGUUGGUGACCCUGAACGGCACAAGAUUCCGGUUCUCGGUCCUCGGGUCUGGAACAAUUGCGCCAGCUUCCUGUAUAUCGAGCACGACAGCACCAAUCCCGACUCGGACCCGCUCGACAACACGCGUAUCCACCCGGAGGACUACGACCUGGCCCGCAAGGUUGCGGCGGAUGCUCUGGGUUUGGAUGAGGAGGACGUCAAGGCUGAGACGGACGAGAACGGGCCCGGCGCCAUCGUCCGCAAGCUCUUCAAGGAAGAGGAACAAGAAAAGGUUAACGAGCUCAUCCUUGAGGAGUACGCGGAGCAACUGGAGCGCGAAUAUCAGCAGCGCAAGCGAGCGACCCUGGAGGCGAUUCGGGCGGAGCUGAUGGGUCCGUUUGAGGAACUCCGAAAGAACUUCGCCAUUCUCAGUACGGAUCAGAUCUUCACUAUGUUCACGGGUGAAACGCGUGACUCGCUUUGCGAGGGGAUGAUCGUACCUGUCAAUGUCCGCGUUGUCAAAGAUGACUUUGCCAUCGUCAAGCUGGACUGCGGCAUUGAGGGGCGAGUCGAGGCUCACGAGGUGUCCUACCGGCACUCGAUCAAGGACAUGCUCCAAGUCGGGCAGACCGCGCAGGCCAAGAUCAUAGAUAUCAACAGGAAAGAUUUCGUUUGCAAGCUUUCCAUGAGAGAGGAAGAGCUGCGGCGCCCGUACCGAAGGCACUACGACUAUGGCCGGGGCCAGUGGGAUUACAAGCAGGAAGAGGAAGACCGAGAGGAGUUGCGGGAGAAAGACAAGGUCACUGGCCGCACGCAGAGGGUCAUCAAGCACCCUCUGUUCAAGCCCUUCAACAGUACACAGGCAGAGGAGUACCUGGGCGGCUUGCCACCUGGCGAAGUGGUUAUUCGCCCGUCCUCCAAGGGCAACGACCACCUUGCGAUUACGUGGAAGGUCGCCGAUGGUGUCUAUCAGCAUAUUGACGUGCUGGAGCUGCAGAAGGAGAACGAGUUCUCCGUUGGCAAGGUCCUCCGGGUCGGUAGCAAGUACACGUACACGGAUCUGGACGAGCUGAUUGUGGACCACGUCAAGGCGAUGGCCAAGAAGGUGGAUGAGCUCAUGCAGCAUGAGAAGUUCCAGAAGGGAUCUCGUGCGGAUCUUGAGAAAUGGUUGACCACCUAUAUCGAUGCCAACCCGAAUCGGUCCACUUACGCGUUUUGCCUCGACACGAAGCAUCCGGGAUAUUUCUUCCUCUGCUUCAAGGCGUCACGCAACUCAAAAGUUGUUGCUUGGAUGGUCCGGGUGGUCCCGCACGCGUACGAGCUGAUGAAGAGCCAAUAUCCGGACAUGCGAGCGCUCUGUAACGGCUUUAAGCUGCGAUAUCAGAGCGAGAUGCUGAAGAUGCAGCAAGCUGGGGGGGCUAGGGGCCAUUGAUCAACAUCGCGGAGCAUCACUUUUGUUGUUGUUUGGAGGUGGGGGCGCAAGUGAUUAAUAAUAAAAUGGUUAGCUUGUCGUGAGGUUAUGCUAUGGCUAAACCAGGGAGGCGGGCGUGAGGAUUUGAGGCAUGGCAGGAGAGGUUUCUAGACAAAUCGAACUGUACAAUACUCAUGAAGAAGCCCAAUGCGACAGAGCAAUAGCAACAACCACUCUUAGCGCGCCCCGGGAGCUGCAACGCCUCUUGCUGACC